CCUGAACCUCUCCUCUCACUGAACUCCCCCUCCCAUAUAUUCCGCCCACCGCUCGGCCCAUCUUCGAUCCUCGUCAUUUCACUUCGUCGUACUAUCAUGCCUAGUAGCUCUGAAAGCCGAUGCAUCAGACUUGAAUUCAUCAGCGGAAAUAAUCUCCAAGUCCCUUCUGGGCGCAUACCUGCAGGCAUUUACGUGUCCAUCAAUGUCGACUCUCUGAGACGCUGGAAAUCGACUAUCCGUGUCUUAUCAUCUGAUGAAUCUGUAGCAUGGGGGAAUACUUUGACUCUAUCAUCGCAUGACUCACCUGCGUUAUCAAUGGAGAUCAGGGCAUCCUAUGAGGUCGAUCGAAUGCUAGGUAGUGGAGAGAUCAUCGGGAAACUUCAAAUCUCGUGGGAUGAGCUGCUCGAUUAUGGGGAUGAGCCAUUCGAUCUAUCCUUCCCACCUAUUCGUGAUGUCUGCCCUUCCCUCACGCUGAAGGCCGUCGUUUCCCCCGUAUACAGUGAUAUUGCUCGAGACACAGAUGCAGGCCACGCACGAUUUGCCGAAUACGCGACGAGCGGGACGGUCUCUCACCUGAACGAUGCUGUGCAGCAUUUUCAGUUGGUUCUUGACCAGUGUCCGGUCGGCCAUCCUGAUCAUGCAGCAGCUCUCACCAAUCUCGCGUAUGCCCGCCUUGAUGGCUAUAUUGAAAACCAUCAUCAAGACAUCGGUACUACCACAUCCCUCUUUCGCAAAACCCUUGCAUUGCGUCCGCAGGGUCACCCCGAUCAUGCAUCAUCCCUCUAUAAUCUCGUUAGAGCAUUGAUAUGGCGUUACAGCAAGGAGUCUACCACCAUCUACGUUGAGGAAUCCGCGCAGCUGUGCUGCAAGCUACUGACCCUCUGUCCGGAGGGCACCUACCUUCGUAGCAUCGGCAUAGACAGUUUGGUCGAUUACGCGAUGAAAAAUCUGCCAAUCGACACAUCUGAUGAAGGCAUUCACCUUCGACGAAAUAUGCUCGAGCUUUGUCUCAUGGGCCAACAACACCGUCCAAAUGCACUUGACAAACUUUCAUGGGCUCUCUUCCUACGCUUUACACAACACAGCGACAUUGAUGAUAUAGAUGAGAGCAUUCACCUUCGUCGUGAAGCCGUUUCUCUGUGCCUCGAAGGACAUUCUGAUCGCAGCGACUACCUGAAUAACUUGGCCUUUUCACUCAAGAACCGCUUCGAUUAUCAAGGCAAACCUAACGACCUUGAUGAGGUGAUCACUUUGUACGAAGAAACGCUGCGUCUGUGCCCUGUUGGGCGCGAAUCUCGUGACUUCUCACUGGACAACCUAGGGGUCGCCCUGGUCGCCCGUUUCAACAAACGCGGCGACAUUGAUGACAUCGCCCGAGCUAUCAGCCUCCAUCGCGAGGCACUGACGUUGCGCCCACCUGGACAUCCACAUCGUGACACCACGCUCAACAACCUUGCCUUCGCACUGAAAACCAGAUAUGACGAAUUGGAUAUCAGCGAGGAUCUUAACGAGGCUAUUGAUUGGUAUCGUGAAUCCCUUCGGUUAAAGCGGCAUGACGAUCCAGAUCGCCAUAUAACUCUUUACAGUUUGAGCUCAGCGCUCUGCUCUCGUUUCAUACAAAUGAAGACAAAUGAAGACGUCCAGGAGGCCAUUCAACUUUGCCAAGAAGGGCUGGCAUCUCUACCUUCACUGCACCCAGGCAGAUCCAGGAGCUAUGCAUGGCUACAGAGGGCCUAUCUGUCUCGUUACUGCAUACAACACAAUCCUGUUGAUUUAUCACUUGCAGUGGAGAACUUCAGACUGUCAUCGAGUCACCCCACUCAAGGAUUCCCAGAACGCAUCGUUCAGGCAUAUAAUUGGACCCUUGAAGCGGAGCAGCAUGGACAUGAAUCCGCAUUGGAGGCCUACUCGAUAUUUUUUGAGCUUCUGGAUGCUCAUUUGGCAACACGAUCGUCGGCGACUUCACGACGCGAAGCUGCCGCUGCCUUCCAUUAUGCCAGAUCACUGCCUGUAGAUGCAGCCUCGUGUGCCAUCCGCCAUGACAAUCUACGACGCGCAGUGAAGCUCGUCGAGCAGGGCCGUGGCCAGCAAUGGUCCCUGGCAUCUCGACUCAAGACUCCAGUUGAAGACCUCGAGUCAGCAAAUUCAAAAUUGGCGCACGAUUAUGUAGAGCUGAGCAAGCGCGUUUACAAUGCCGCACAGAGUUCUGCAACCAUCACCGACAGAGUUGCUGCUGAUCGAGCAGCAACAGAGUAUAGGAGGCUUACAAUGCAAUGGGGAGCUGCGGUAGCUAAGAUACGCGAUCUUCCGGCGUUCUCGCGGUUCCUGCUCCCACCUUGGUACGAAAACCUGCAAGCGGCAGCACGUCAUGGCCCGGUCAUCAUCCUCAUUGCGAGUCAAUACUCGUGCAGCGCCAUCAUUGUCCCGACAAUCGCUUCGCCAGGGCAAUACGACACGCAGUCUAUCAUGGGCCCAAAAGUUCCGCGUAACGAUCUAAUAGUCCUCUUGCGUACAGUAUGGGACCAGAUCAUGCUACCCAUCAUCAACGUACUCGAGAACGUCCUCGAUCUAAAGCACCGUUCUCGAAUCUGGCUGUGUCCAACGGCAGCUUUUACGUCUAUUCCUCUCCAUGCAGCUCACCCCUUUCAAACAAAGGCAGAUGGCUCCAAGCAGCCUUGCCUGGAGGAUCUCUACAUUUGUUCUUACACACCGACACUUUCGGCUCUGGUCAGAUCUAGACAGAUGAUGAAGAGGCGUGUCGCUCCAUCCUUCGGGACAAUCGGACAAGGUCAACCGGGUGCAGGGAAAGGCAAGGCGCUCUUGGCUGUCGACAGCGAGCUCGAGCUUGUCCAUAGGCUCGUCCCUGCGACGGCCAACCGUACCACUAUUUCUGGCGAUGAAGCAACACGAGCAGGUGCACUCCAGGCUUUGGAAGAGAACACCUGGGUGCACCUCGCUUGUCACGGAAAGCAGGACCCUACGCAGCCUUACAAUUCGCAUUUUGUGAUGAGAGAUGAACAUCUGACGCUGCUCGAUAUCAUGGAGAGAAACAUUCCGCACGCCGAGUUUGCAUUCUUAUCUGCUUGUCAUACCGCCGUCGGGGAUGAGGAAACUCCUGACGAAGUCAUUCAUCUCGCAGCUGGUCUCCAGUUUUCAGGGUUCAAGAGCGUCAUUGGCACGCUGUGGGAAGUCAACGAUGCUGUCGCAAAACACGUCGUUGAAGCGUUCUACAAAUAUAUGUUCAUGGAUUUGAAGGAUGGUGCCGGUAGUGUGAUGGACUGCACGAGGGCGGCCUGGGCCCUCAACCGUGCCACACACGCCGUGAAGACGAAAGUGCCGCUCGAGCAGAGGAUGGUUUUCAUUCAUAUCGGUGUGUAGUUCUCUUAUGUCGUAAUGCUUUCAUGUGUCAGUGCACCUUUACUGUACCCUUGUAUUUUUUUUCAUUGCGGUGUAGCACCUGCCGAUUGUAGGAUCACCCUCCGAGUCAUACUCUUCCUGUUUCGCAUCCCCUAUCGUGCUAUCGCCUACUCUAGAGUCUUUCGCAGAUUUAUUAAAUGCUCGAUUAUAUGUUGGUGGUUCAUUAUGCGGGAU